AUGGUGAAAUUCCUCCUCUACCUCAUCCCUUUGCUUGCCCUGAUUCUUCCUGCUACGUGCGAGGAUGGGAAGGCUGGAAAAAUUGGCAUCUAUAUGGCCGAAGUCGACAGGCUCACCGACAAUGCGUGGCUCCAGAUCGGUGGGCGCGAGCUUUGGGGGUCUAAAUGGGGGAUGUUAGGGUUCGAGAGAAAGGGCGAGAAUCUCUUCCUGCUCAACGAUCAUAGCUGGACAGGGAAGCAGAUUACCCAGGCUGAGAAAGAUGGGUGGCUAGUAGGCCGCGGGGUUUUCUUCCACUAUACCAAGGGCAAGGCCGGCGAGAAGGAUGUAGAAGUCAAGUGUACGCUAUCAGGAGAUUGGAAACAGAUCAAAGAUGGGGCGGAGUGGAACAUGGUCGUAACGGAGAGGGGUGAGGAGUGCCCAAAGUCAAUCAACGGCAUUGAGCUGCACUGCGAGACUCCGGUCAGAUGCGCUGUGAAGAAUUGA